AUGGAUCCAGCGCGACAUAUGGAGCGACACCAGAAACGGGACCUUGAAGCUGGAGGGCCCGGGCAGGGGACAUUGAAGACGCGAAAAAGGACGCGGAGAGCUGAGGACGGUUCUAUUAUUGUGCGCCCUUCACAAAGGCAAAUGAGGGCUGCCGCUGCAGCUCGAUCCCCUAUAUCGGCAAAUAGUUCCAGUCAAGAGCCAGAACCGAGAGACGAGGAAGACUAUUUUCACGAUGAUGUCCCCUUGUCACCACCCGGCUCGGGCACUGACCCAGCGUCGAUGUCUAUGGACGAUACUGAUCCUUUCCUGGCUUCGCUGGUACCGGCUGGGCCUUUUGAACCGUAUGUUGAGCCAAUCCCUGGACAGUUUGAUGCAGCGGAUGGGUCUUUCGGUGUUGAGUUGGAUGGGAUUGGGGAUUAUUUUGGAAUGGACACUGGUAUGGACGACUCCCGCCAAUCGCUCGUAAUUCGCAUGCUGACCUCCGUAGCAACCGACUUCAAUCUACCAUUUGCAGCUACGUCUAAUUACAAUUGGCUCUUCGAUGUCUCCUCGCUCGACGAUGCUUUCCAUAAAUUCAACCUCCCUCUAGGGUUUGAGACAUCCGAAAUCUUGGAACAAUUCCAUUCGAAUCCCCCGGAAGUAAUGGAGAAAUACGAUGGUCCAUCAGCCUUGCUCAUGGCAUCAAUCAUGGACAGAGGCGAAACAUUCGGGGAAACCACCUCACCUGACCUACCCAGUAUCCCGGACCUCGACUGGAUGUCUGGUGCGGCGGCGUUGGACGCUAACCCUCGAAAGACUCUACCUAUAAUAUCCGAAGAAGCGCGAAAGGGAAUUCUAGCACUGGUUGCACACGCACAUCCGACAGGCAUUGACGGGCAACCCAUGGUACUUGACUCGCCGCUCCUGACACUCCCUGCGCUCCAGUCAUACUCCGAUAUGUUCUUCGAUCGGUUCAACACCACGUACCCUCUGAUUUACCAGCAUACAUUUGAUCCAAACACUGCGCCACCAGUAUUCCUCGCCUCGAUUCUCUUCAUGGGUGCGACAUACGGCACACGCGAGGCCCACCAAUUGGCAGUGGAGGUCCACGAUGUCCUUCGCAGCCAGCUGCUCUGCCAUCCAGAUUUCUCACCGCAAGCUGAUCUUUGGGUCUUGCAGACAAUGCUUCUGAUAGAUUGCUUCGGCAAAAUGCGAGCUGGCCCCAAACAGCGCGAGCGCGCACAGCUGUUCCAUUGCGUUUUGAUCAAAAUGAUCAGGCGCAGCAACUGCUGUGGCAUACGUGACUUGCCUAACGUCAAUCAGUCAGGGGAUUUGGAUCAACUCUGGCGACAGGCUAUGGAGGACGAACAGCGCAAGAGAGUGGCGAUACAUUGCUUUAUGUGGGAUACGCAGCACGCAGUCCUAUUUUCGCAGUCGCUGUGUAUGUCUGCAUUCGAGAUCAGAUCUUCACUACCGUGUAGUGCUGCGGCGUGGGAUGCCUCCUCUGCUCGAGAGUGGGCCCAACAUGCCUUCCGUGAAGAGAAUCGGCCGUUCCUCACUGUUCUGAAAGGAUACAUCACACCGGCAGCUGUUUCCCGACCUCGAGAUCUGAAUGUAUUUGCCCGAAUUGUUGUACUGCAUGGCUUAAUGUCUGUUUCAGCGGACCUGAAACGUCGCGAUCAAACAACCCUACGGUCGGAGACACCUGAACGUGUCGGAGCUUGGACGCCGCGGAUGGGUCGGUCCUAUGAUCUGUGGAAAGUCGAUUUCGAUGCAGAUUGCCUUGCUAUUAAACUCGCUCAGACCGCUAGCCCGCGGCAGUUCACGGGGUUUAAGAUCUCCGGAUAUGCCCUUUACCAUGCAGCGUAUCUCGCGUUGAAUGUCGAGGUCCUCGAUUUGCAGAUCGUCGCUGGCGCAUGUCAGAUACUAGGACGUACAGUGACUGAGGCUGAUCAGGCACGGUCGCUGCAGAACAUUACCAGAUGGCUACAGGAGGAAUCCGGGCCAUCCUGUACGACUGCGCGACAAGCUGCAUCUUUACUUCAGGACGCAGUGUUGAGUCUGCAUGACUGGGACCAGGCUGAUUCCUUCCACUUCCCCUGGUGUUUAUAUCUAUGCACAUUAGCCUGUUGGGUUUUCCAUCGUGGGCCCAAUCUCAACUCCGAUGAGAACCGGAUCAACACCGAUCUGUCUUCAUUGAUCGUGAUGCUAACUAAUUGUCCCAGCUUACCAGAGCUAGCGGGUAUAUCUGGAAAAUAUUGUCCUCGCCCUCUAGCAGCGGCGAUGGCUAAUCAGCUAGCGACAGUCCGAUGGGCCGUUGUUCACGAUGCUAUGAAAGUUUUGAUGAGAUUGUCAUGA